CCGUACUUCGCAUUUAGGAAUUCAAGUGUUUUAAUCUCAUCUAAAAGGAGUAAAGGGCAUUCUCCCUCCUUCCUUCUACGAAUCUACCCUCAACCUCCAAACAGAAAUUCGGGAAUUUAAUCUUUUUUCAGAAAGUCACUCGCUCUCAGUGUUCUAGGUCUUGCUUUAAAUGCCAUGCUGGGUUGUCAAGGAUGAUGUAAAAAUCUGAUCUUUGGGUAAGAUUGGAAGAAGACGGAUAGCUUGGAAGUGGGAGAUGGGAAACAAAAAGGAAAGAAAAGUCAUUAUUGUUGAUCAGAAUGACAAUAAUCCGUGGUGGUGGUUAGUUAACAAAGGUUUGGGAGCCUCAUUCUUGUGCAUCUCUCUUUUUGCAUUGUUAGUUAGGUUGGCUGUUUCACUUCAUCCUUAUUCGGGUGCUGGAAAUCCCCCAAAAUUUGGCGAUUUUGAAGCCCAGAGGCAUUGGAUGGAGAUAACUAUUAAUCUCCCUGUUAAGGAAUGGUAUCGUAAUAGCACAGCAAAUGAUCUGAGCUAUUGGGGCCUCGACUACCCUCCACUGACAGCCUAUCAGAGUUACGUUCAUGGCAUCUUCUUGAAGUCAUUUCUUCCGGAGUCUGUUUCCCUUUUUACUUCCCGUGGUUACGAGUCUUAUCUUGGAAAGUUGCUGAUGAGAUGGACAGUCUUGUCUUCUGAUGUGUUGGUGUUCCUUCCUGCUGUUUUUUACUUUGUUAUAUCAUAUAGUGCUAGCCGUCCUCACAGGCAUAAGAGUGAAAUAGCUUGGCUAAUGGCAAUGAUUUUGCUGAAUCCAUGUCUCAUUCUUAUAGACCAUGGCCAUUUCCAGUUCAACUGUAUCAGCUUGGGUCUCACUAUUGGAGCUGUUGCUGCUAUUAUAUCCAGCAGAGAGCUGGUAGCUUGUGCUUUGUUCACACUUGCUUUGAGCCAUAAGCAGAUGAGUGCAUAUUUUGCUCCAGCAUUUUUCAGCCAUCUCCUUGGUAGAUGCUUAAGGCGUCGCAAUCCUUUCCUUGAAGUGUCAAAAUUGGCCUUGAUUGUCAUGGGAACAUUUGCUUUAGUCUGGUGGCCAUAUCUGCAUUCCAAAGAAGCCUUUUUAGAAGUUCUGGCCCGUCUUGCACCCUUUGAGAGGGGAAUCUAUGAAGAUUAUGUUGCCAACUUUUGGUGCACAACUUCAGUUCUUAUUAAGUGGAAGAAACUGUUUAAUACAUCGUCUUUGAAGCUUAUUAGCUUAGCGGCCACUUUGUCAACUUGCUUGCCUUCGAUGAUUCAGCAGAUAAAGGACCCAAGCAACAAAGGGUUUCUCUAUGCAUUGCUUAACAGUUCUUUCUCAUUUUACUUGUUUUCAUUUCAAGUUCACGAGAAGUCGAUUUUACUGCCACUUCUGCCUGCAAGUCUCUUGGCUCUUGAAGAACCUUUGGUUUUCAGAUGGUUAAUCCAUUUUGGCUUAUUUUCGAUGUUUCCACUUCUAUGUCGUGAUCAACUUGUCUUGGCAUACAUUGCACUCUUCUCUCUCUUCUACCUUCUCUUCUAUGCACCAAGGAAGAAAGACUCGGGGAAGAUCAGAUCUUUUUUUACCUUGAAAUUAUUAAUCACGACCCUUCUCGUGUUUUGCUCUUUCGUGCUUCACAUUGUUUACUUGGCGAUGAAUCCUCCAAAAAGGUAUCCUUUCCUUUUCGAAGCUAUAAUCAUGCUUGUUUCCUUCACUCAAUUUGUUUGGCUUGCACUUUAUACCAAUAAGAAGCAAUGGAUGCUACAAAAACAGUCUACUUGGGUAGAAAAGGAAAAGAAACUUCUUUGAUCUCUUUUAUGACUGAAUUUUGCUAAUAUAAACAUGCCAUUUUAAUGAUUUAUAAAUGUUGAUGCAUUUUAGUUAAAGCCUUAAUGAAUUUGCUGUUUUGGAGCGUGGAACUUCUUGAUUUUAUUAAUUUGAUAUCUUUGUACAGUCAGA